UCGAAAAGUGCAGAUCACAGUGAAAAGUGCAACAUGCAAAAGUGCACAACGAUGACUUAUAGAGCUAUGUUCAAGACAUGCCUUCUACUUGUAGCAUGUUUUACACCUGGCGAAACUGUACCAAUGAGUGCGACCAAGUCAGUUGUCUUUCCCAAGUUACUAGAAGGGAGAAGUGAUGAUGGAAGACGGAUACUAGCAAUUAAGGACGACCUACAACUAAAGCUGACGAAGAGUUCCGUGUUUCCGGAUCAGUUUCUGUACAAAGAAUACGAAGACGGUUUCGAGAUUCAACACCACCUGGAAGGUCGACACCUCGAGAAGAACUUGUACCAUGACUCAGAAAGUAUGGCGUCGCUCAUGGUGUCUACGGAAGGUGGACUUGAAGUGGAAGGAAUCGUGGGAAAGAGCCUUCGUAUCCGACCACUUAAAACUGAGGGAAGGAACUCUCAAGGUGACAGAGGUCACUUGCUUUACGAGGUAGAAGAAAGAUUGUCUCAACAGGGAGACAUACUGCAUGCUCCAGGCACAGAAUUCCAGAAAGGUGCCUUGGCAUUUACUGGGCACAUAAAUGUUGACGCUCGUCAUGAUCAAACUCAAAUACCAGAAACCUAUCCGGAAGUUGUGAUAGUGCUUGACACAGCGCAUCAUAAAAAAUUUACAGGGAAAGGAGGGGAAAAGCGGGACAAGAUUAUCCAAUACUUUGGUAUCUUUGUAAACGCGGUGAAUCUAAAGUAUGCAACUCUCGUGUUUCCAAAAGUGAAGCUUGUCUUAGCUGGAAUCUGGAGACACAGCCCAAAAGAGGAGUCUGAAUACCUGAAACUUCACGAGGCGAACCUUAUACAUUCCUACUUAUCAAUUGUCAACCUCGCAAACUACACAAACGAGAAGAACGAUGAAUUUGCGUCCUUCGAUCUUCUUAUACUCGUAACGGGGAGGGACCUUGUUCGCGUUUAUGAGGAUGGCGAGUAUUCUUCCGGCUUAUCAGGUCAAGCUUUUGUAGGAAGCGUAUGUGAUGUGCAGUAUAAAGUUGGAAUAGCAGAAGAUUUCCCUCAUACCUACGAUGGCGUCUACACAUUUGCGCAUGAAGUCGGCCACUUAUUGGGAUGCUACCAUGAUGGUGAAGACGCCCCAAGUACUGUUUCAAAUCGUCCUGGAGCCAAAAACUGCCCGGCGUCUGAGCACCUGAUUAUGGCUCCAUAUUCAACGUCUAGCAGCGUCCACAGGUUUUCGUACUGUUGUGCCCAACAAGUGUGGCAUGUCUACCAUGAGGACACAAAAGAGUGUCUGAAGACAAGAAGUAGGUCGACCGAUUAUACUGUUAACAAACUUCCAGGAGAAACUAUCGGAUCUCCAGACCAGUUCUGCAGGCUUGAGUAUCCAGAGCACAACAUGACAGCAAAGAGCAUACCUGACUUUGCUGAAGGAGCAAUGCUGAGAGACUGCGUAAUUGUGUGCCAGCUUCCAUCCGAGGACCGAAAAUUUUUCCUCUACAGUUCCCCGGAUGGGAUGACCUGCGAAGCAAGCACAGGCAAGGUUUGCGUGAACAAAGAAUGCAAACAUUACAGUCAACCCUAGACUGCACUCUUCGUAAACAUAUGACUCCGACGCAGUGAUGCAUGGUACGAUCAUUCAAGUCACGCCAACUGUUAACUACAGGCAACAAGCAUUACAAUCAUCACUGACAAAAGAGUUUUUCAUUUAGCGUCACUCAAUAAAACACGCAUAAAAGA